AUGGUGAGACUCAGAUGUUUACACUAUUUUAGUUCCGAGGAAAAAUUGAAUGCCCACGACGUAAACUGCAAAACAUUGAACAACUGCAUCAUACGAUUGCCGGACGAGGACGACAAGUUACUUCGAUUCCAGAAUUACCGCAACAAGGAACAACUUCCCUUUGUCGUCUACGCAGACUUAGAAUGCGUACUGCAGAAAACGGAACCGGAUACAAAUAACACGUCGUACACAUACCAGCAUCAUCAGGUAUUUAGCAUUGGAUAUUACGUGCGAUGUUCGUACGAUACGUCAUUGUCUAUGUAUCGGUUUCGCCGCGGCAACGAUUGCGUCACGUGGUUCGCCGAACAGCUUAAAGAUAUAGCACAUAAUGUAAGUUACAUAUUAUCCGCCAAUGUCCCCAUGGCAGAUUUAACGCGAGACCAGUGGGUCAAAUUCCAUAACGCAAGGAAUUGUUAUAUGUGUGAAAAACCGUUUAUGCAAGACGAUGUGCGGGUUCGAGAUCAUUGCCACAUAACGGGUAGAUAUCGAGGUCCCGCGCAUUCAAUUUGCAAUUUAAAUUAUAAACAAUUAUUUUACAUUCCGAUAGUAUUUCACAAUUUAUCCGGCUAUGAUGCGCAUUUUAUUAUUAAGGAGAUGGCAACAGCGUUCAAAGGGAAAAUCGACUUACUUCCAAUUACUAAAGAAAAAUACAUUUCGUUUACUAAAUAUGUUCAAAAUACAAAAGACAAAAAUAUUUCGAAAAUUUGCGUAAAAUUACGUUUUAUCGAUUCAUACAAAUUUCUUAAUACUAGUCUCGACAAACUGGCAUUGUUUUUAAAUAAGGACAGACUCCAAAUUUUACAAUCUGAAUUUAAAGACGUAUCGAGUGAAAAUUUAGAUUUAUUAACACGGAAGGGGGUAUUCCCAUACGAAUAUGUUGAUUGCGUCGAAAAGUUGGAGGAAACGUGUCUACCGCCGCGCGAAGCGUUUUACAGCUCUAUGACCGGUGACACGGUAUCUGAGAACGAUUACGCCCACGCCGUUAACGUAUGGCAACGGUUCUCCGUUCGAACGCUAGGUGAAUAUAGCGACAUGUAUCUGAAAACCGAUGUCUUGUUGUUAGCCGACAUUUUUGAAAAUUUCCGCGGUAAAUGUAUCGAAAGUUACGGACUCGAUCCCGCGCAUUAUUACACUCUCCCCGGAUACACGUGGGACGCUAUGUUAAAGUAUACCAAAAUUACUUUUGAACUGCUUACGGACAUUGACAUGGUCAUGUUUAUCGAACGCGGUAUACGCGGUGGCCUUAGUCAAUGUUCCGGUAGAUAUUCAAAGGCUAAUAACAAAUACAUGCAGUCGUAUGACCCAACAAAACCAUCGUCGUACCUGAUGUACUUUGAUGUGAAUAAUUUGUACGGAUGGGCAAUGUGUCAACCGCUACCCUACGGCGAUUUUCAGUGGGUCAACGACAUAUCGAAUUUUGACGUAUCAUCAAUCGCGCUCGAUUCACCAAUAGGCUAUAUCCUCGAAGUCGACCUCGAGUAUCCGCAACACCUUCACGACGCGCACGCCGAUUUACCCUUCUGCCCGACGCGCGAUAAGCCACCCGGCAAGCGUCAGGAGAAACUGCUUGCAACUGUUUACGAUAAGAAGCGAUACGUCAUACAUUACCGCAACCUGCAGCAGUGCAUGCGUCACGGUCUUCGUAUCGCGAAGAUACAUCGCGUGUUAAAAUUCGCGCAAUCCCCAUGGCUCUGUAAAUAUAUUGAAUUAAACACACAAUUUCGAACUAAUGCAGAAAAUGAUUUUGAAAAAAAUUUAUAUAAACUAAUGAAUAACGCCAUAUUUGGCAAAACUAUAGAAAACGUGCGCAAUCACGUCGAUGUGAAAUUGGUGACAAAGUGGGAAGGUAGAUACGGGGCAGAGGCCAUGAUCGCGAAACCGAAUUUUCAUAGUCGAAGUAUUUUUGCAAAAAAUUUGAUCGCUAUCGAAUUAAAAAAACUCGAGGUAAAAUUCUAUAAGCCGAUAUACGUAGGCAUGUGUAUACUCGAUAUUUCUAAAACAUGUCUAUAUGAAUUUCAUCACGAGUAUAUGCUGCCUUUUUAUCGAGAUAAAUGUAGAGUUAUGUAUACUGACACCGACAGCCUAAUUUACCAUAUCGAGUGUGAAGAUGUGUACCAAAACAUGAAGCGUGACAUUCAUAGAUUUGAUACGAGCGAUUACGGUGUGAACAAUGCAUAUAAUAUGCCCCUGGAGAAUAAAAAAGUACCAGGUUUGAUGAAGGACGAAAACAACGGCGCUAUCAUGACCGAGUUCGUAGGGCUUAGAGCAAAGAUGUACGCCUUGCGCGUCGACGGUAAAGAAGACACCAAAAAGAUUAAAGGUGUAAAGAGUAACGUCGUAGCGCGUACUAUUACAUUCGACGAUUACACACGGUGUUUGCGAGACGAAAUCGAGAUGACGCGACAGCAGACUUGUGUACGGUCCAAGCUGCACGAGGUGUAUACAAUAUCGGAAACAAAAAUUGCUCUAAGUCCGUACGACGACAAGCGAUAUAUCGUGCCCAAUUCCACAGACACAUUGCCGUGGGGACAUUACCAGAUACCAUUGUAA